AUGGUAUCACUGAGUCAUAGUCAACAUCAUUUUUCAGAAACUGAGGAAGACAUUGGCAUAGAACAACCCUUCCAACAGAUGGAAGGUUUCAACGUCGGCCCUGCUUCAGAUGCAUUUGAUGUGGAUGUUCUUGAGGAAGAAGAAAGCGAGCAAGAAGACACAUUUGAGGAUGACCCAGACGUGGAGAUGGAGGAGAAGGGUUUCCCAUACAACAGCUGGGCCCGCUUCAACCAUCUCAACUCAAGAAAACUCCCUGUUCAACUGCUUGCUAUCCAGACAAAGCAUGGGAUAUCUGACGCUGCCACUCACGCAAUUUUCGAAGUUCUGAGGAACUUUCUAUCAGAUCUGGCUGUUAGCAAUUGCAUACCUACAAUAGAAGACAUCAAGAAGUUGACCUUAGAACAAACCAAACAUUACCUCUUGGAGUUGACUGGGAUCAAACCAAAAGUAUAUGAUCGAUGUGUCAACAACCACCUUGCUUACACGGACAAGUAUCAUAACUUGGAUAAAUGCCUGGUACCUGACUGCUAUGAGCCACGAUACAACUCGCACGGCAAGGCCAGAGCGAGAUAUACCGUGUUGCCACUUGCUCACAGUUUGUGUCUCUUGUAUGCAGAUCCUAAUCUCGCACGUAUCCUCCAGACAUAUGGCCCUAAAGUGCGGGAUUGGCAGGGUGUGCAAGGGAGUCCAUUCAGCGGUGUUAGAGCAUUCAUGAUGGAGAACUUAUCGCUGACUUACGGGAGAAGGUUCCUGGGUUUCUGUCAGACAAGCGGGAGGUAUUACUCCAACUUACCCUUGACGGGGUGCAAGUUCUCAAACAAAAAGGACGCAAAGUGUGGCCAAUAG